AUGGGCCAGUUGACUGACCAGGACCUGUUAUUCUUCAAGCCGUUGUGUGCUAGCUAUCACGAGGACUUUGAGAAUGUGAAGAACGCCUGUGUCAACAUCAUAACUGUAUGCGGGGGCUAUCCCUUGGGCGAAGGUUUGUUGGAUAUGGCAGUUGCCAUCACCCAGAGCAAAGCCAUGGUUGACUCCAACAGCAAUGUGCCAGACCGCAGGAUCAGUGCAGACAACGUUUGCGUGGUGCAACAAUGGAAGCUGGGCUUUGACCAACUUAGCCACUUGAACCCUGAGAAGAAAGCCCACUUGAAGCAAGAGGUGCAAAAGGCAGUAGCCUUGCUUUCUUCCUUCAUUUUACAGGAAGAUGAUGACACGCCGGAUGGUCUUUUCGAGACUUGGUGCGAUGCGCAUGAGGCCUUAAAGGAGGCAGCGCAUCAGUUGCUUUUCUGCUUCAUGCCGCCUGCCAAGAGGAAGUCAGCAGGUGGCGAACAAGGCAGUUCCAAGGGCGCAAGGUUGACCAACAGCAUCAAGCAGAUCGCGCCGGCCAGGGAAAAGCUCUUGGAAUUUGCGACGUUCAUCAACGAGAAAUUCCCCGCCGAUCCCAAGUGUGAGUAUGCAACCGAAGUGGUUCCGGGGCCUUGCCAGGUCCGGCCUUGGAACCUUGGUUUUAGGUUUCGGUCAAAUGCAGAGGCUCUUCCCGGUGUAGAACGCAUUGCCGUCAUGGAGCCAGAUCGCACGAUGUUGGAAACCAACUACGAUCCUUGCCCUCCGUUGCAUCCUGGAGGUUCUGAUCUUCUGAAGCCUUUUAGCCUGGCCUACACAAAGGGGUGGCGCAGAUCGACCACUUUGCUCAUCAUUUUGGCCGGCGUUAAAGAUUUGGAGAUGGAUCUGGAAGAGCUGCCCGCAGUGUUCAAGGCCUCGGUCAAGACGAUAUACUGUGUGGUGGGCCGGUACUCCACUUUAGCAGAGGCGGUGCUGGCCAACAGGGGGAUUACCAUGUCAAGUGCAGGGACGCGUCGUAUGCCGAACGCAUUCAACUUCAUUCGGCAAUGUGAUGUCCUUUCACGAGCCGGAUACGGGAACUCAACCCAACAGUUCGAGGAUUGGGAAAACGCUAGCGCUGUUGCGCGAGUUUUCAACAUUGGUCGGGCAGAAGCUGGAGCGGUGUCAGCCUUGCAGUCCAAGAUUCACCCUGAGGUGACCAGAAUGCUGAAGGCCGCUGUUGCCAUGCGUGGCAUGAGGACCUUCAUAACUCAUGAUUUGAUUCACAAGGGGGCCUUCAACGAGGGCUUUACAAGUGGGCAGGGUUCAACUGAAGCGUGGGCUCAAGAGUUCACCAAUGGCCACGGCCAACAGCUGGUGAAGUUGUUUGUCCAGCGCAUUUGCGAUGAUUGGGAUCGAACUCCCACGAACAUGCAGAAGGCCUUGGCGUACAAGGAAGCGUGCAAUCUCCACAUUGCUUGUGGUCUGUUCUUGCAUUACUUGGAGUGUUUGCAGAAGAGGUGUCCAGCGAUGGAGUUUCCUGCUAUCCAAAUCAAGUUGGAGGAAUCAUUCAUGAGCGGUUUGAUGGACGGAGAAUUAGUUUCAAGUGCCGAGAACAACGUCCCCCCUGGUGACAUUUGCAGUGUUCAGCAGUUCAGGGCGCACGUCAACAACUUUGAGGCGCGGAUGGCUUCUGAGGCUGAGGAGCGCAGCAAGGAGCUGGAGGCCAAGGUGGAGAAAGCCACUUUUGAGCAAAUUGAGUCCCAGCUCCAGGCCGAUCUUUGCUUGCUAAGGGAGAAACUGCCGGGCAAGGUGUGCCAAGCUGUCGAAACUGCCUUGGACAUGAAGUAUGUCAGGGACAGGCAACGGAUCUUCGGAUUUACCCAGAAGUGUUUUAUAUUGUUUGCCUUCAGUUUUGCCCCUGCGGGUGCCAUGGCCAUGGGCCAGUUCUUAAUCGAGAAGACUGGGGAACAAUUUGUCAAAGACUGGUUGGAGCAGAAUUGCCAGCUGAGUUUUGUUGACGAGAAAGGGCCGAUUGCGUUGACCGAUUUCACCAAGUUCCUUGCGAGCAAGAGGUAUGUGAUUUCCGCCAUCGAUGCCACGCUGUGGGCAGGAGAAGCGGUCACAGAUGCUGUGACGAAGCUCGCCACUGUCGUGGCGAUGAGUGUGAUUGGGCCUCUGCCACUCAUACCUGUCAGCGAGAUGCAGAGCUACGAUGUGGACAACAAACCAGCACCAGGCCAACGAGCCUACCUGUCAGGCAUGAACUUUGAGGAAAAGGAUAUGGUCGUUUUCCUUGACCUUGUGCCGAACCAGUUUGUUGAGUUUGGCAGAGCUUGUGUGCAACGUGUGCUAGAAGGUGAAACCAGACCGCCCAUCGUGUACUACGGCAUGCUGAAGAAAGAUUUGCACAAGUCAGUGGUUACGAGCAUCGAGAGCGAAAUCUUUUCUUACUGGGAUUCUCUUCCGGAUUCUCCUGCGAAGACACGUCCUCGAGAGGCUUCUGCAUUCAGUGGAAUUUCCGGGCUCAAGUUGAUGAGCUGCGACAGCACUGGACGGCCUGGCUUUCCAGAUCAUGUCUUUGGCAAGUUCAAAGCAGGGAGUGAGCAUCGGAAGCAGCUUGAAAAGAUGAAGGCGGAUUUUGCGGAGGAAUUUGCUUCCACAAUUUCUCAGCCGGUGUCUGGUGGCCGUACUGUGGCCAGGGUGGCCGGAUCUCCCGAUUUCACAGUGGAUGGGGUAGAACCACUGGAUGUGAACCGUGUGGUGGACUUGCAAAAGGUGUCCCCACCAGAAGCUGCUCAGAGGUUGGCAACCAUCACAGGGAAAAAUGGCAAACCAUCCAUCAUUGUGGACACUGACAUGAACAUCUUCAUUGGCAAUGAAGUGCAAGACACGCUCGAAAUUAGUGGCUGUGAAUUGUUCGGUUUUAAUACCGGCAAUUUCGACACGAAGAUUUGCGAUGGUGACAAGAGGCAUGCGGCGGGCAUAGCCUGGCGUGUGAACACCGACCUCGACUUGGUGUCGGACGCUAAGACUUUGCGUCCGGUAUGUGGCCUCUUGCACAAAUUCGCAAGCACGAUGGGCCUUGCCGAUGUGAGCAUCCCUGACCAUGUCAUCUCUCCGAAGUUACACCCACCAGUCGCUUGGAUGCCAGUUCUUGCUCUUGGUUCUGCAAGUUUCGAUGUUUGA